UUAAUUAACUGGUUUCGACGAUCAAUCAAUUUAGGUGAUAAUGGGUGGGGGCGGAGUCAAGGGGUGGGGGUACUCUGAGUCAGCCAUCCAGCUGCCGUGACGUCACUGGGAUCACCUGUGGAGGCCUCAGGUGACAGCUCAUAAAAGGUGACCUGAGGUAAACAGGGGACACUCAGAGACACUUCGAGGGAAAGACGAGGGACCUCCAUUCUCAACUGCUGCACAUCCAGAGAUCCAUUCUAGCUGCUGCCAUGUGGAACGACUCCUCUAAUGGUAAGAGCUGCUCUCCAGGUUUGAAAACUUAGAAAAACUAAACUGUGUGUUUUCAGGUUUUUCUACCUGGGUCAAACAGUCCACCAGGUGCAAACAGCACUAAGUGUGGCGUGCUUUUUGCACGCUCAAUCAUCCAGGUUGACAAUUUUUAAAAUCCCAGAAAGUUGAAUCUGUUCAUUGAGACAAAACAUUUCUCAUCCAAGUGAUAUCUGGAGACUGAUAGAUAGAUAUGUAGCUGCAAAGAUAGUACAGCAAGAAAAUAGGUUGUAUAUCCCGUCUGAUCUGAUGGAACAAUCUGCUUUCUCUUCUUUGCACAGAUGACGCCAUUCCUGUGUCCUCCGGCAACGGCUCCUCUCGCACCGCCAGUCGCAGGAAGAGGACCAGCUUCUCCAAAGAACACGUGGAGCUGCUGUGCGCCACCUUCGAGACUGACCCGUACCCUGGAAUCACCAUCAGAGAGAGCCUGUCCCAGAUCACAGGCCUGCCCGAGUCCCGCAUCCAGGUGUGGUUUCAGAACCGAAGAGCUCGCACCUUAAAAUAAAAAAGAUCCAGCAAAGCCCAGUGGCAGUCUCAGAGCCCAGCGCACAGUCCACAGGCUCGCCGCCACACACAGGCCUUUGCACCUCAAAUGCAGCAGGUGUUGAACAAUGGACAGUUUCCUCCUGCCUUCAAUGCCACCGGAGCGUAUGGACAGUGUGGAGUCUCGUAUGGGAUUGAACCAGGAGGCUCAAUGGGCAGUAACCCCAGCUCAAACCUGUGGGAGUACAUGCCUCAGCCAGGCUGCCAAAACUCCACUGGGGUGCCUGCGUGGCAUCAGCCUCCCAUGGAGAUGGUAAGCUACAACUCAAGCUCCAGCCAGGCAGCCUCCAUGCACCCUAGUUCAGACAUACACGAGCUCCUUCAAAUAUUCAAAGCAGACACUCCUGAUUCUGGAUUCUUCAACAGCAGCCGAGAGUGCAGCCCAACGGGGUACCCGCCAGUGGUCCAGCAUAGCUCACUGCCAGUGCUGUCAUUGCAAGAUAUUAUGUGGGAGCUGAAUGAGGAAUGGCUGGGAGGAAAUGGACUGGACAACGGAGUCAGUGGCGGUCCUAGACUGUUUGGCGCCCUGGGCGAACACUCCCUCUGCCCCCCCAAUUUUUUUUUUUUUUUUGCCGAUGCCCGUGAUGCCGCCCCCCACUACGAUGCCGCCCCGGGCAACCGCCCGUGUCGCCCGUAUCUAAAACCGCUACUGAACGGAGUCACUGGAGAGGAGCCCCCUUACUUCUGAUGGCUAUGAUGAGUAUUUUUAAUGGCUCAAGUGUUUGACGUAUUUUCAAAAUAUUUUUAAAAAAGCCAUGUUUUUGCAGUAAUUACUGCACAUUUUUAGGAUUUUUUU